AUGUUCCGUGAAAGCCUUAUACAAUACUCUACGGAGCCUUUGAUAAGCAUACCAUCUCUUGACUAUAAAUCUUUGGGUGUUAACUUCUAUGACUCUGAUAGACUAGUCCGGGCUACAGAAGCAUACGAUGGGUUAGAGAUCGCCCAUCUUAGGUCAACGAAAAAGCUUGACAGUGAGGGCAUAGGACUAGAUGCCUUAUUCAUUCCCGUACUAGCCAUGCCCGACGAAGUUAUUGUGCUUGUAAGAACUCGUUUGCAGCAUCUUCUAGGCAAAAGCAAAGUGCGUGCAUGUGUGCACAGAGUUCGCAGUCCUAGGCAGACAAGCAACACACCUGUUGUUGCAUGCGAAAGACUGAGUCUUGCAAUUUUCUGCGGACCUCCUGUAAAAAUAAUGAACAGCCAGUGGUAUAUAUAA